AAAACAAUGUAAUUAAAACUCAUUAUGCUAUUUUUGGGUUAAACAGAUAGGAACUUAGAGAUAGGAACUGGGUUCCCGUUUCAGCUCCAAGCACGAGAUGGCGAAGAGAUCAGACUUUGCACAGAAGCUGUUAGAUGAUCUCCGGUUGAGAAAAGAACGACUGGCUGCCACUGAGAGUUCAAACCGAACAAAUAACACAACAGUUGCAGAUGCAUAUUCGUAUGCAAAGAAAAACUACCGAGGAUCCAGAGAUUUCAAAACAACUGAAACUACUGGUUUAAGACCUGGGACCCCGCAGAACAGGUAUAAAGGAGGCAAUAAAUUCACCACUGGUGAAGCUUCUCAACAGGUUGUUCCUUUUGGGAGAGGCCAAAGCACAGGAAAAAUUGGAGAUUUGUCUAUGGCUCUGGCUUUUGCCCUUGAGAAUGGAGGAAAACUCAGCAUGAUGGAUUCGUCAGGCAAUAAUUCAAUUCUGGCAUUCUUGAAUCAGAUUGGCGGGCGAUCACUGGACUAUGAGAAGAUGGGAAGAAGAAAUAGCAUAGACAGGCAUCAGUCUUCAACUAGCCACUUCCCUAGCCUCUCUCAUCUCCAUCUCAAAGAGAUAUCAAGGGGGGCUCAAAAGUUAAAUCAGAUCCUUACAGCAUGCUCUAAUGGCCUGAAAUUUGAUAGAUAUUCAAUGGAAAUUGGAAAUGAACUACUGAAAGGGGCCACAGAUUUGGAAGAAUCAUUGCGGAUGCUUAUAAACCUGCAGGAUGCUUCGGAGUACAUGAGCACCCCACGAAGAAAAAGUCGGAUCACUUUGCUUGAGGAGGAUGAAGAUGAAGAUGACGAUGCUGUUAAUUUGGCUGAGCAGAAGCAGCUGGCUCGGCCACAAUUUUCAUUCGACAAGCCCUCAAGAAACUAUCAUGGCACCCAAGAUGUUGCAAGGAAUGAUCUCAAGCUGAGGCUGGCAGCUCUUACUUACCGUUCGGAAGCUACUAAUUUCAUCUAUGAAAAAAAAUCAGCACCUCACAGGCAAUCAGUUAAGAGUAGCUCCAAUGUCAAAACUCCAGCUUCAUUUUCAGAACAGAAAAACUAUUCAAGUUCUUCUCAAUCCAAAAUGGAAAAGGCGAGAAUUCCAAAUGUAAUUGCAAAAUUAAUGGGGCUUGAUGAACUUCCAGAAAAUGUAGAAUCAAAGCACGCCAUACAGAAAGACUCAAACCUCUUGAAGAAAACUGUGCAGGGAAGCACCAAGAAGGCCAAAAAGAGGACAGAAGAUGCUGAGAAUCUGGUACACUUAACGUCAAAGCAAAAGAUGAUAAAAACCAACAACAUUCCAGCAGUUCAGAACAGUGUUGCAUCACAAGCAGAAAUUGAACUGGCUGCCCGCAAUGCUGGCUUUCAGGUGGUAAUUCAUGGUGGAAAGUCACCCUGGAAGGACUUUGAAGGUACAAAACCAGUGACAGGAUUUGAAAAGGCCAGUAUCAAAGUAGACAAUCAGCAAGGCAAUAUCACCCCAUUGAACCAUAACAUUGGAAACCAAAAGGAUAAUCAUGAAGAGCAAAGAGAACAUAGAGGUGCAGAAAAGAGCAAAAUGAAGGAACCAGUUUUAAAGGAUGAGCUGCAGCGGAUGCCACCUCAAACACAUAAAAGGUCAGAAGCGAUAGUUAUGUCCGAAGACAAAACAGGGUUGAAGGAAGGUGCGCUUCGAAGAGAAAGCGUUUACACAAACAAGCUUGUAGCGGGCACUCGGCAGAAGUCUCAAGCCAAUCUCGGAUACCAACAACCACACAUGCUCCGGAAAUCAGAGCCUCUAGAAGAAAAACAGCAAGCAGACGAGAGGGGACAACAGAGUGUAAAACAGAAGUUGCCAGCAAGGAAACUAAAGGGAAGUGAAUCAAUGUCCCCUGCUUUUUCAAAAUCCAUGCAUGCUGAGAUUAAUUUGCAAAAGAAGCAGUCACAUAUAAAUCAUGCCGCAGUUAGUAAGAAAAAUUUCACAGAAGCUCCUGAUGCAAUGCAAUCAGAAAGGUUUUCAGAUGGCAGACGUCAAGAAGAUCUGGUCAGUAACAAGAGUUCUGCUAGCUUAAAUGUCAACACAAGAGGCCCAGUGAGCGGGAACUCAAAUCAGGAUACAUCUUCAAGAGAGCAAGAAUCUAAACUAGCAAAAUCGAAAGCUGCCGUUCCACCAAUUAUGGAAAAGAAACCUGUUCAUGAUCCAGGCACCUGGAACACUGAAAGCAUUAAGGUGCAUAGAAGAGAGACUCCUCGAAUGAUCAAUGAAGUAAUGGUCAGAAGAGGAGGUGCCCUACAGAACUCUGCCAGGGCACAGAAACGUAAAAAUUCCAUUUUGCAAGAAGUGAAACAGAGAAAGAAUGAAAAACUCCGUGUCCCCAGAGAAGCAAAUCAAACAAGGAUUGGCAAGUCCAAAGAACCUGAAGUAAGCAUCAUUAAAACAAGAAAAUUAGUUGCUAGCAUAGAACCAACGGCUGUUGCACAACAACAGGAAAGAGAAGCUCAGGAGGCUCCCACUUUGCACAGUCCUACUGAGCAUGGAAGCCAAAGCGCAAAAGAAACACAGACUCUAGUUCGGAAUGACAGUUGCCAGCAGACAGACUCUACGGUUAUGAGUGAUCAGCAAGGUGGAGAACCACUGCUUAAUGGAGGUGUAGAACAGAAGUCUCACAUUACUGAAUCUAAUCCACCAAAUGGGAAGCAUCAAGGCAGCACUGAUAUCGCUUAUCCCUCACAAUUGGUGUACCAGAAAAGUUCUAGAACAGAAACAGCAAGGCCACUAACAGAGGGUGAAAAUCAUCUGAAGCAGAUACUGAUUAAAAGCCAGAUAUUUCUUAACACUGCAGAGGCUCUCUUCAAACUCAACAUUCCUUUUGACAUUCUUGAUGCCGGUGGCCCUGACUGUCAAGAUGAGGACAGCAAGCUCAUAUUAGACUGCGGCUAUGAAAUAAUGAAAAGAAAAGGAAGAACGCAAGAGCUAAGCGUUCAUCCUUUUAUUAAAGUAUCAAUCUCUGCAGUGAAGAUAAGAUCCUUGGACGACUUGGUUAGACAGUUAACUAAAGACUUUGAGAAGUUAAAAUUCUACGGUGGGAAUGUGAAUAGUGAAGUCAUUUUGGAAGAGUUUCUGCCUAAAUUGCUUGAGAAUGAUGUCUAUAACAAGGACCCAGAUGUGAAUUGUAUGUGGGAUUUGAGUUGGAACGAGAUGAUGUUUGCAUUUAUUGAAAAAGAUGAUGUUAUAAGGGAUGUGGAGAGAUUUGUUCUCAGUGGACUCGUAGACGAGAUUACCAGAGAUCUUUUACAAUUCCAAAUUCCAGCGUUUUGA